CUCGUACAAUAUUUAAUGUACGCGCAUGCGCAGAACAUUAAUACAGACAGUUAUGUCCUCCUAACGUCACUUUCUUUUCAUAAAAGUAAGGUUAGUUUUUAUUUUGUCAGCAGAUUAAUAAACAAAUAUGAAAAAGAAAAUAUUAAUUGGAGCGGUAGGUUGUUUAACAUUAAUAACUACUACAAUGGUACGUCGCAGAAUGCUGCGUAAACGAAAAAGACGUGCAAUUUGGUCAAGAAAAUGGCUCAUGAGGCGAAAUGAAGGUCGUGGUUUAUUAAAUUUGUUAAAUCAGGAACUACUAAUUGAGGAUAUAGAAUCCUACAGAAAUUUUCUGCGGUUGGACAACCAGCAAUUCGAAAAGAUAUUAACUCUUAUUGUUGAAGAUAUACAAAAAGAGGAUACGUUUAUGAGGGAUAGUAUUUCUCCAAGAAAUAGGUUGGAAGUUACCUUACGCUUUUUAGCCACUGGGGAAUCCUUUCGAUCCUUAAUGUAUUCUACUCGCAUUCAUGAAUCGACAAUUUCUAAAUUUAUACCUGAGGUCUGUCGUGCUAUAUAUAAUCACUUGAAAGGAGAAUAUCUUGAGAUACCUACUACACCAGAGGCAUGGAAAACUAUUGCCAAUUACUACCAGCUAUGGCAAUUUCCAAACUGUCUUGGGGCCCUCGAUGGUAGACACAUAAAAUUUUGUGCACCAAUAUCAUCGGGAUCAUUUUAUUAUAACUAUAAAGGUACAAACUCUAUUGUUUUAUUGGGCUUAGCUGAUGCCAAUUACAAGUUUAUUUAUGUUAACGUGGGUGUAAAUGGAAGAGUUAGUGAUGGUGGUGUAUUUCGAGAAAGUAAGUUUUCUAAAGUUUUACAAAACAACAACCUUAAUUUCCCAGAAGAUGAAGUUCUUCCAGGAAACGGCUCAGAAAAACUCCCUUAUGUAAUCAUUGCCGAUGAUGCUUUCCCACUUUCUACUAGGUUAUUAAAACCAUAGGUAUGCACAAAGAGGCCUUUGUCAGGAACAAAAAAUUUUUAAUUAUACGUUAAGCAGAGCACGGAGCAUGAUUGAAAGUACAUUUGGUAUAUUAGUUAAUCGUUUUCGUGUAUUACGUAAUCCUAUAUGUCUUAAUGUAGAAAAAGUUGAACUAAUUACUUUAACCUGUAUAGUUUUGCAUAAUUUCUUGGUAAUUAGCAAAGGAACAGUCUACACUGACAUCGAUCCUGAUGAAAAACUUGAUUGCAUGGGAAACAUCGGAAAUCAAGGUGGUAAUAGGUGCACUGUGAGUGCUUUAAGAAUUCGAGACAAAUUUAAAGAUUAUUUUUGCACAGUUGGUGCAGUUCCUUGGCAAAACGAGGCUGUAAAUAACUGUAAUAUGUAGGC